CGUGCAAGCGAAAAAUACGAUAGCAACAAAGAAAAUGUGACCAAAACAAAAAUGCUAAUAUCAUAUAAAACAUUCAAUGACAAGAUGGAGACAGAAUAAAUUAAAUUUUCUCUUGUUGGAAUGUGAGCCUGCCGAAUACGAUCAGCGCAAAUGUUUCUCAAACGGUAAAAAACCGAUAGCGAUCUCGAAGCAUUCCGACAUUUUACCUGAUCAGCGAAAAUGGCUUCGAAACCGGAUAUCAACGAAUACCAAAUGCUGGAACGAAUCGGAAGUGGAACCUACGCCACCGUAUUUCGAGCCAUGAAAAAGGCGACUAAGGAAAUUCUCGCAAUUAAAUGUGUGGAAAAGAUAUCACUGUCGAAAUCGGCCGUCGACAACAUCAUAACGGAGAUUAGUCUGUUGAAAAAGCUGAAACAUCCGCACAUCGUGGAAAUGAAAGAUUUCCUGUGGGAUGAUCGUUUUAUCUACAUCGUAAUGGAAUUCUGCAGCGGAGGCAGUUUGUCCGAGUAUAUUCGUCAGAAGCGUAAGCUGAAUGAAAAUACUUGUCGAAUUUUCCUUAGACAGUUAGCGCAGGCACUGAAAUAUAUGCGGGAGAACGAUGUGAGUCACUUUGAUUUGAAGCCACAGAAUCUGCUGCUGAUGAGGGGUAUGGGUGCCAGCAGCGGUGGCGGGAUUUCAUUGAAAGUUGCGGAUUUCGGGUUUGCUCAACAUUUGAAAUUGGGUCAGGAGAACACUUCGAUUAAAGGAUCACCACUCUAUAUGGCACCGGAAAUCCUGUUGAAACACUGCUAUGAUGCAACGGCAGAUUUGUGGAGCAUUGGGAUUAUUCUGUACGAGUGCCUUUUCGGAAAGGCUCCCUACAGUUCACAGUCUCUGCAAGAGCUGUUGGAAAAGAUUCGUAACAACCGGCGAAUAGAGAUCCCUAAAACCCAGUAUAUUUCUGCCGAAUGCGAAGACCUUCUAUGUCGGCUACUUCAGCGAUCGCCAAACGAUCGAAUAUCGUUUGAUGAUUUUUUCAAACAUGCCUUCAUCGAUUUGGAUCAUGCACCGUCGGAGGACAAUUUGGAGAAGGCCAUUGCACUGAUCAACCAAGCCAUCGAUCUAGAUCAGGAACAAAACUACGACGCGGCAUAUCGGCAGUACUGUCGCGGAUUGCAAUAUUUUGUUCCGAUUAUUCAAGCCGAAACCAGUCCAACCAAGAAGCAAAUCCUUCGGAAGCGGGUGCAAUCCUAUCUGAAUCGAGCUGAGGAAAUCAAACAUUCCUUUCGUGCGGAAGAGGAACCGGUCCCAACGCAAAUUGCGUCGACCUCGAGACCCGUGGAGUCACGAAAAACUUCAUCUCGCUCGGAGAUGAUUCAACGUGCCCUGGAACCGUCAGACCUUUACAAAGAGCUAUACACAUUGGCCGGUUCUAGUCCAGAACUUAAAUCCGCCCUUGAGAUUGGUCGUCAGGCCGAACUUUACGCCUUGGAAAACCGGCUCGAUGUGGCGCUGGAAUCGUACAAAACCGUACUGGGAGCCUUGAUGCCUUUAUUAACAGCGGAACCCCGGAGUUCCAAACGUCGAGAACUUCUUCAUCAGCAAAUCAAACGCUGGAUGGAGGAAGCGGAACAUAUUAAAACGGUUCGAUCGGCUCAAAUCCUUGACGAAAUGGAAAACGGCAGUGCCGUUGGUUACAAUUGCUGUGUGCAGUGAUGGGACCCUGUGACACUUAAUAGACUGCUUAAUUGCUAUGAAAAUGCAUCCACAUUACUGCGUAAAUUCAUUCAUUCUCGGCGUGACAGCUUUGCAGUACUGUAUUAAAUAUCGAUUUCUCGUAGAAGUAAGAUAUGCGUUAUUAUCUAAUAAACUACUUUAUUUACAAUAUUUAUAA